GGACCUGCUCUUACCCCCCUCCAUUUCCUCUUCUUCUUCUGUCAAAACCAAGAAAAAACACACGCUUUCUCUGUAAAACUCCAUUGAAGAACUAAACCCAAGCACCUCGGCUUCUCCCCAGCAUAAAAGCUAGAGCUACGUUUUUUUGUCUUCUGGGUUGUUGUUUUCUUUGCAUAAUGUUGUGGUGAAAGUGCUUGCUUCUGCACAAAAAUGGCUUUUCAGGAUCAUGUUUCACAUGAAAUGGCUUUUCAAUCACCACUCUCUGCCUCUGCCUCUUCCUCCGCCUCUGCUGGUCCGGCGUGGCUUAGCAACGCUGUGCUCCGUCUCAACAACGACGGUUUAGGUCCGAGCCGAAGCGAGAAAGUCGGCCAUAAUAAUAAUAACAACGGUGGUGAGGAUGAGUUGAUAGAUGGCAGCGGCGCUGGUGGGGAUAAUUGGGAGAGGGCGAAGUGCAAAGCGGAUAUAUUGGGUCAUCCGCUUUACGAGCAGUUGCUAGCGGCUCAUGUUGCUUGUUUGAGGAUAGCGACACCGGUGGACCAGCUGGCGAGGAUCGACACGCAGCUCGCUCAGUCGCAGGAAGUGGUGGCUAAGUACUCCGUGCUUGGGAAUGGUCAAGUGGUGGACGAGAAAGAGCUUGACCAGUUUAUGACACAUUAUGUUCUAUUACUCUGUUCCUUUAAAGACCAAUUGCAACAACAUGUUCGAGUUCAUGCUAUGGAGGCUGUAAUGGCUUGCUGGGAGCUUGAGCAAUCUUUGCAAAGCUUAACAGGUGCAUCACUGGGUGAAGGCACAGGUGCAACAAUGUCUGAUGAUGAUGAUGACGAGGCAGAUAGCGACACCAACUUGUAUGAUGGAGGUCUGGAUGGGGCAGAUUGCAUGGGUUUUGGUCCUCUUGUCCCCACUGAAAGUGAGAGGUCAUUGAUGGAGCAUGUAAGGAAAGAAUUAAAACAUGAAUUGAAACAGGGUUACAAAGGGAAGAUUGUGGACAUUAGAGAGGAAAUUCUACGUAAGAGAAGGGCAGGAAAAUUGCCGGGAGAUACUACCUCCCUAUUAAAAGCUUGGUGGCAAUCUCAUUCUAAGUGGCCGUAUCCAACUGAGGAAGACAAAGCAAGAUUGGUGCAGGAAACAGGGUUGCAAUUGAAGCAGAUAAAUAACUGGUUCAUAAACCAAAGAAAAAGAAACUGGCAUAGCAACCCUUCAGGAUCUACUACGAAGAGCAAGCGCAAGAACAAUGCAGGUGAAAGCAGUGAUGAAUAAAUGGAAAAAUUUGGAGGAAGACUACAGUUUUUCCUGUCCUCGAGUUAACUGGAGAAUUUCAUCAUUUGAGCUUCAGAGGGCCACUGCAAUGAGAAAGAAUCAAUGUAUAAGAGUAGCUUAAAAAUUCUGUUUGGAUUUCCCUCACUUGCCCAUACGGUAAAGUUAAAGCCUAGUAAAAGAGGCUGCUAUUCUUAGAGAUGGAUUAAACUCAGCUCACCUAUUAAGUCCAGUUGACAGGUAUGUGGUUGAAGACAUGCUGUUGCAUAUAUAUAUAUCCUAGUUUUUAAACUAUAAGCACAUGAGAUUGUUUGGACAGCUUAUUUUUGUGCCACUGGCCUGUAAUUUUGUAGUAUUUGGUUUGUGCUCCUUUAUCUGUGAUGAGAAUGGCUAUUAAGUUCUUGGUUUAUAAUGUAAUUAUCUCUGUUUUAUAA